AUGUUUGCAUUAUUUGCAAUUAGAUCUUUAUCAGCUAUUGAUCCAAUACCUGGAUGCACAGAUCAAAAUAAAGUUCCUAUGGCUAACUCCAUGAUAGUUACAAAAACAAUUGCGGCAGGAUCCGGUGAAAGUAUUUGCGUAGAGUCAUCUGUUCUUAUUAAAGCUGACAAGGACUAUACAGUUAAUUAUAAGUUCGAUGAUGCGGCAACUCAACAAAAUGGGGAAUUAAAAUCUGUUGAAAAUCCCGUCUUAGUUGGUUCACUUACCAAAUUGAACAAAAUUAAGAUAACACCUAAAAAUGCAGGAGAAGCUAUUACUAUAACACUCAUCGGAGUACCAAUGUCACAAGGAGUAGGGGGAGGACAUUAUUAUGGUGUAUUUUCCACUUUGAAGAAUAUGGAAAAGAAAAUGAAAAUUAAUAUGCUACAAGGACUUGCCCUUGUAGCUACAAAUGCAAUCCCAUUAAAGUUUACAAUAACAAGUGAAAAAUCCGAUAAAAUUUUUAUGGCAGAUUUAGACCUACAAAAGAAAAUUGGCAAUAGUAUAUCUUUAAGUCUAUCUUCACAUCACGAUGAUAAAGAAAAUACCUUUUCAAGUGAAGAAGUUACAAUUAAAUGUGAACCAGAUCCAAGUACCGAAGCAGUAGUUGGUUAUACAAAUCCAUUUGGAGAAGAUAUUUUCUAUAUUCUCCCUGAAGAAGGUGCUCACACUCUUGAACAAAUUACUACAUACACAGAGCAACAUAUGGAUGUUUUCAACGGUGGUGGUGGUAAUGAUAAUCCUGAUGUUGAUCCUGUUGUUGAUCCUGAUGAUCUACCUGAAGGUAUUAAUCCAUUAUAUUUAUUGUACACUUUGAAGUGUGCGACUCAAAUGGAUGUUUUUACUGAUUUUGAACGAAAUAUACCAAAAAGUGAAGUUGUUUCACUCAAUGAGGGCGAAUAUAAAUGUGUUCCAAGUGCUGUAUUUGCUUCAAAUGAUGAAUUUAAAUUGGAAAUGUAUAAUUUCUCAUCAAAUGAUAAGAAUUAUAGUGAAUUCAACAAGCCAUUCAGUGCAUAUGGUGAUGAAGUUGCAUCUAUUAUCAAAUGCAAAGAUGAAAAAUCGAAGUGCAAAGUUCAUUAUAUAACUAUCAAAAAACCUGAAAUCAAUGGCACUGUACAUGCUAUUUUCACAACAAAGAACAAAUUAGAUUUCGACCAAGAAGUGCAGGUGUCAGAUGACUCAUCAGAUUUAUUUACAUUGACAGUUCAUAGCUUAGAAAAGAAACAGUUGACAAUAGGUGCAGAACAGGGCAGUAAUAUUUAUUAUCAUCUUUAUAACUCUGAUAAAGAAAAUAAAGCCAGCCAAAUUAGCGGAACAACUAUUGCUGCUUACCCAAUGUUUGCUGAUGGAAUGAAAGCAGAGAAAAGACAAAUUUAUGUUGAAAUAGAGGAAAGCAAAUCCGGGUCGGAACAGGCUACCGAAUCUUUAUUCCAAAAAGAUAUAAUCUAUGAGAUUCCUGAAGGCACCAAGACGGAAGAAGAAGUUAAGAGUCAAUCUAAAGAAAGCAAGAUUAAUGCCGUUAAGAAUAAGGGUGGCCUUGGUACAGGAGCAAUUGUUGCCAUAGUUGUUGUCAUUGUUAUUAUCAUUGUUAUCGUCUGCGUUCUUGUUUGGUUCUUCGUCUUCAGGAAGAAAUCUGGAGAUAAGAAGAGCUCAGGAUCAGGCGAAAAGGUUUAA